CUGCCUGUCCUCUUCUUACCCCCAGGCUGGCUGGCCAUUCCUCCUGCUAUGAUGCCUGGGCAGAUCCCAGACCCUGCUGUGACUGCGGGCUCUCUGCCAGGGCUCGGCCCCCUGACUGGACUGCCCAGUUCGGCUUUGACCACGGAGGAGCUGAAGUACGCUGACAUCCGCAACCUCGGGGCCAUGAUCGCGCCCCUGCACUUCCUGGAGGUGAAACUGGGCAAGAGGCCCCAGCCUGUGAAAAGUGAGCUAGACGAAGAAGAGGAGCGAAGGAAAAGGCGCCGGGAGAAGAACAAGGUGGCCGCAGCCCGAUGCCGGAACAAGAAGAAGGAGCGCACAGAGUUCCUGCAACGGGAGUCGGAGCGGCUGGAGCUUAUGAACGCGGAGCUGAAGACCCAGAUUGAGGAGCUGAAGCAGGAGCGGCAGCAGCUCAUCCUCAUGCUGAACCGGCACCGCCCCACCUGCAUCGUCCGCACCGACAGCGUCAAGACACCCGAGUCGGAAGGCAACCCGCUGCUGGAGCAGCUGGAGAAGAAGUGACCAUGGGCUGGAGGAGGCGGCGGAGGAGGAGGGGCGAGGAGAGAGGAGCAGGGGGGCCCCCUCAGGCCCUCGCUCGGCGCACGAGAGACUGUUCGGCGAGUUUCAGCACGGCCCACCUCGGCCGGGCUUUCCUGUGAAACUCGCAUCAGCCACCCGAGGGCGAAAGCGGGCUGGGGAGGCCCAAGGGACCACGCGCUGAGACCAAAGUCCCCCGCGGGCUGGGCUGUCCUGCCUGGGGCCCCGUGUGAAGGAGGCGGGGCAGAGAUGCCCGGCCAGGCAGCCCGGGCGCCUCUCUCCGCCAGGGCACCCACCAGGGGCCUCCGAGCAGCCAGGAGAAGCCAUGCCUUGCAACCAAAACGCGGCUGAGGACAGAACUCAGAAGGAAGCUGCAGCCGCCUGCCCCCAGCCCGACCCCGACACGAAGCUGGGAGGGCGUGCAGUGGGCCAGGCCCCCGCCUCCUGGUCCAGCCGGCCCUGCCCGGGGCGCAGCGGGGGCCCCCUCGCAGCCCUGCUGGAGUCUGCUGCGGGCACUGAGGCGCGGGCGCCCUUCCAAAGCACAUACUCACUGAAUGUUUACAGACUGGCUGUCCUGGCAGGGCUUUCAACUGCACAUGUUUUUUAUACUUCCUUUUUUUUUUAAAUAUUUUUUACAAAAAAAAGAUUUUAUACAAGCAAUAUAUAUAUGGAUUUCUAUAAUCACUCGAUGUGAUACAGUAUAAAUAUGCUAUGGUUUGUUGUUAUGAACAGAUAUCCACAGUUAUGGCCGUGGUGUGUAACUCCUAAGUACUGUAGUCUCGGGGUGUCGGGGUGGCCGGGCGGGCGGGGUGCAUUUCCAUCCUUGUAAACCUCCAUAGUACUCAGUCCUGUAUCGCUCAGUAAACGUUGCUCUUACUUAC